ACACAAGUGCAGCUAUUGAGUCGGCUGUUAAGUGGUGAACGAGCCUCUUCCAUGUCUGGACUUAGUCAGCUGUACGCUCGCCUCAAUCAGCGCGCACUGUCCGAGGCGCAGCUGUUCAAUUAUGGCUUCCCGCGUCCAGGCAUCCUUCCAGGCAAGGCGCGGGUCCGCAUUCAUCCAGACACCUUCUGGACAGCACACCCGAGUCCCAAAGAGAGGACUUGUGAGAGAUGCAAAAAGAUCUACGAGGUGGACAGCAGUGGGUAUCCUAUGGUAAAAGAAGUGUGCAGGUGGCACCAGAGGCGAGCCAAGAAUGGCAUUCACGGGUGCUGCGGCCGAAGUACCUACGGGAAAACCUGCAAAACCUCGCCGCUGCACGUCACUUCAGACAUAGAUCCUGACAACCUGAAGGGAUUCAUCGACACGAGUGACAGUGACAUCAGCUCGAUCUCUGUCUUUGCACUGGACUGCGAGAUGGUGUCGACCACGCGUGGGAUGGAAGUAGCAGCCAUCACAGUGGUGGAUUACCAAUGCAAAGUGGUGUACGAGACGAUGGUGCAGCCCGAGGGUCGCAUCAUCGACUACAACACUAUCUUCUCGGGCCUUACCCAAGAUGACUUACGCGGCGUGACCACCAAGCUGGAAGACGUCCACACUAAACUGAUGUCCCUCGUGGGGGUGCGCACCAUUCUAGUUGGCCACGGCCUGCACAACGACCUUCUUCGCCUGCAAGUCUUUCAUGGGCGUGUGGUGGAUACAAUUGCCCUCUACCCGCAUCCUAAGGGUCUGCCAGCAAAAAAUCCACUCAGUUUCCUAAAAGGGAGAUAUCUGCCCCACCUGUCGGUGAACGCGGGCCUCAAGUGCCGGGAGGACGCCGUGGCCACCAUGAUGCUGGCGCGCCUCAGGUGUGGGUUCACCGCCUCGCCUUAACUCAAUUUCAUACUGGAAAAAUCGCUAAGGUGAGGUGCGAUCAUGCGCAAUACUGUGUAUUCUUAUUCUGACAUUGUAUGGUGCUGAUUUAUAACUUCCUGCGUGCUCAGAAUGCGUGUCAUACCAUGACAAGGUCACGGAUGGAUUCAAUGACAUCACGUGUUCGGGACCUGUUCGUGUGUCAUCGCCUUACCAGCAUUUCACAAUAUGUUAUCAGUUUUCUUACGAUAUCACAGAAAAAGUAUGUAGUCCUAUUCAAAUUCUCUACUACUCAGUAAACUUAGCUUCACAUUUCAUUAAAAGAUUAUUUUUGUUAUUAUUAUUCGUAUAAUUAGGGCAAUAGCUUUCAAACAGCUAGCCCAUGACUGGGGCAGCUUUAGCUCCAUAUACCUGCCCUCAUUUGUACUGUAUCUUUAAUAGAGAGAGAGAGAGAGGAGAGAGAGAGAGAGAGAGAGAGAGAGAGAGAGAGAGAGAGAGAGAGAGAGAGAGAGAGAGAGAGAGAGAGAGAGAGAGAGAGCGUAAUAACCGAAACUUUGAGUGCCUCGGCCUCCAAACGCCCUAACUUGAAAGAAAGUAUCGUGCACCUCAUGAAGCAGAACCAAAACAUGUGAUUACAGUGAAGGAGUAUCAACACUAUUUGUGAAGGGUUAUGCAGAACAGUGCCUCACCCUUUACAGGUAAGUGUUGAGGCUUAUCUAGCGAGGAUGUGGUGACAUUCUCAGAAGGGAAAUGAGGCGGAGUGGUGACAUUCUCAGAAGGGAAAUAAGGUGGAGUAAGAGAUUAGUCUACAAUAACAUUCUCGAAACUCGUGUGUCCGAAAGAUGUGACUUGUGCUUUUACAGUUUGAAUAUAUAUAACAUAUUCAAUGUUACAUGAUUUUAAUCAAAAUAUGUAAGGAAAUACAAAAAUAUACUUGAAAAUAA